GUUACGGAAUUUGAAAUCGUAACCUUUUCGAAUCUUCGAUCAUUCUCACAAGGCAAGAGGCGAGUUUUGCAGGCAAAAGUCGAGUCUUCUACUUGACUUGAAGCAUUCCACGAUGAGUAUUUUAAAAAGAUUGAACCAAGAUCUCAUGGAUUUAAUGAUGACGAAUGAGAAAACAGUCUCCGCUUUUCCGAUAAAUGACACAAUGGUCGAGUGGAAUGCAACGAUAACAGGCGUAAAAGAUACGCUGUAUGAUGGUCUGAAGUACAAGCUGACGAUAAGCUUCCCCAAGGAGUACCCGUACCAGGCGCCUAAGGUCAAAUUCACUACCCCCUGCUUCCACCCCAAUGUUGACCAACAAGGAAACAUUUGCCUGGACAUUCUCAAGGAAAAGUGGGCCCCUUCUUACAAUGUUAGAACGCUUCUCCUUUCCAUACAGAGCUUGUUAGAAGAUCCAAACUUGGAAAGCCCACUCAAUGCCCAGGCUGCAGAAUUGUGGUUGAGACCCCAAGAUUACAAAAGGACAUUGGAUGAGAAAUAUGAGAAGGAAGUAUUAAUGCCUGGAAAAUAGUAGGAAAUAUAACUUAUUAAGCUCUGUCACAAAGCCAAAUGUACUAUAUAAUAAUAUAGAGCUUUACAAAAAUUGUUACUUACUGUAACUCUUUGAGUUUAUGGAAUGUGUAUAUAGAAAUUUGUUCUUUUGGCCAUAGGCUCCUCGAAUUACUGAUGCUAAUAUAAUGUAAGAUCAUGUACCUCCACCUGGCAAAAUGUGCUCAACUACACUCACCACAUUUUGUUGAUCAGAGCUUACCCUCCUGUUUCAUUAGAAAAUCUACUCGGAUUAGUUGAGGAAGUUUGAGUAAUUUUUUCGUUAUUUUAUUGUACAUAUUAUUAUUCUAAUGAUAUAUUAAAAGUUUUAUUAGAUGGA